UUCUCUCUUGAUCGACCGAGAAGCAGGUGCCUCAACCAACGAAGCAUAGAGGAGAAGAGGGCUCUGUUCUGUCAUCCGUGUCCCUAGUCACCAAAAUCCGCGCAAAAUCUCAAUUCCUCCAAUCUUCCACUGUAGUCUAUCAUCGAUCUAACCAUUUAGGAUCCUCCAAUCUUUGGAUCUCGCGGGAAACACCCAUUUCUUUGUCUCUCCUGCCGCUCCUUCACAGCUGGGAUCUUUCUAAAAUAUCAUUUCGUUUUCUCUCCGACCUUCAAUUAUAGGGUUUUGAGUUCUCGACUGUCUCUUCUGAUAUUCACUUCUUUCUGUUUGUAUUUGUUUGUUGUUUCUCGAUUGUUGUGAUGUUUGAACUGUGUUUUGGGGUUCGUAUUUUGCCCUGAUCUGCGAAUUUCCGUGAAAUCCGAUUGGGGUCUGCCGGUUGAAAAUGGCGGGGCAAGCCCAAGCACCGAACGUGGAUCUAUUUGAUGCGUAUUUUCGCAGAGCCGAUUUGGAUCGGGAUGGGAGGAUAAGUGGGGCCGAAGCCGUCGCCUUCUUUCAAGGUUCAAAUUUGCCAAAGCACAUCCUUGCACAGAUAUGGAUGCAUGCAGAUCAGAAUCGGACUGGUUUUCUUGGUAGGGCAGAAUUCUAUAAUGCUCUCAAAUUGGUCACUGUGGCACAAAGUAAGAGAGAACUAACUCCAGAUAUUGUAAAAGCUGCAUUAUAUGGUCCAGCUGCAGCUAAGAUCCCAGCACCCCAGAUAAAUCUUGCAGCUGCACCUGCAUCCCAGUUGGGUACUACACCAGCAGUGCCUUCUCCUCAGAUUGGUGCAGCUGUACCUACUGCAUCUCAAAACGUUGCCUUCAGAGGCCCUCAAGUUCUUCCAAAUGCAAGUAUGAACCAGCAGUUUUUCCCUCAUCAGGACAAUCAAUUCAUGAGGCUACAACAAGCCAUGCCUGCUGCUUCUGCUUCGCUUCCUUCAUCAGGUGUCACUGUUCAAGGUCAAGGGUACCAGGGUGCAGGAACUCUGGCUGGUCCACGUCUUCCAAACUCAAAUGUCACACCUAAUUGGCUUAGUGGGAGGAUGGGUGGAGUUCCAAUUGCAGCAACCUCACAAGUCCCGAGUAGGGGGGUUACUCCCUCUACAAGCCAGGGUGGAUAUGGAUUGGCACCAUCAGGGUUACCCUCUUCCAUAUCACCUACACCACAAGCAACCUCUGGAUUGACGGCUUCAGUUGCAGCAAAACCACAAGAUCAGGUCUUAACAUCAAUCCAAACUGCGGCUAAGGAUUCUAAAGCAAUGGUAGUUUCUGGAAAUGGCUUUGCUUCUGAUUCAGGUUUUGGAGGAGAUGUUUUUUCGGCAACUCCAUCUCAACAGAAGAAAGAUUCUUCCUUGCCUACAUUUUCUGCCAGCAGUGUACCUUUGUCAUCUGCCAUAGUUCCUGUGUCUACAGGCCCCCAGCCAUCAGUUACGAAGGGUCCACUUGAGUCUUUGCAGAGUUCAUUCACAAUUCAACCUGCAGGCUCUCAGCUUCAUCGAGCCCAGUCACUCGGCAAACAAAAUCAGAAGGUUGCACAGAGUUCUGCAUUUGUUUCAUCUGGCAUUUCAGUUAAUUCUGGGAAUUCUGUUCCCAACCAGUCCCAGCCUCCAUGGCCAAAGAUGUCUCAAUCUGAUAUUCAAAAAUAUAUGAAAGUGUUUGUGGAGGUAGACACAGAUAGAGAUGGAAAAAUCACUGGAGAGCAGGCACGCAACCUGUUUUUGAGCUGGAGAUUACCAAGGGAGGUCUUAAAGCAAGUGUGGGACUUGUCAGAUCAGGAUAAUGAUAGCAUGCUAUCUUUGAAAGAGUUUUGCACUGCACUCUACUUGAUGGAGCGUUACAGGGAAGGGCGCCCUCUGCCAGCGGCGGUUCCAAGCAAUAUCAUGUUUGAUGAAAAACUCUUGUCCAUCACUGGUCAACCACCUGUGGCAUUUGGACCUGCUGCUUGGGGAACUACUGCUGGUUUUCAGCAACAAGGGAUGCCUGGUCCACAGGCAACCAGGCCUACAGUUAGUGUCAGGCCAGCAGUGCGAGUUCCUGUCCCUCCUCAAGCUGAUGACAUGGUGCAGCCCAAUCGGCGAAAGCCAAGAGUGCCAGAAUUGGAGAAGCACCUUGUGAACCAACUCAGUAAAGAGGAACAGAGUUCAUUAAACUCAAAAUUCCAAGAGGCAACAGAAGCAAAUAAAAAGGUGGAAGAAUUGGAGAAGGAGAUCCUAGACUCUAAAGAGAAGAUGGAAUUCUACCGCAGUAAGAUGCAGGAACUGGUUUUAUAUAAAAGCAGAUGUGACAAUAGACUUAAUGAAAUUACUGAGAGGGCUUCUGCUGAUAAACGUGAGGUUGAGUCACUAGCAAAGAAAUAUGAAGAGAAGUACAAGCAAGUAGGAGAUGUAGCAAGUAAAUUAACCAUUGAACAGGCUACAUUUCGUGACAUUCAGGAAAGGAAAAUGGAGUUAUAUCAGGCAAUUGUCAAAAUGGAGCAAGGUGGCAGUGCAGAUGGUAUUCUUCAGGUUCGUGCUGAUCACAUCCAAUCAGACCUAGAUGAGCUGGUGAAAUCUCUGAAUGAACGUUGCAAGAAAUAUGGAUUACAUGUUAAGCCAACUUCACUUGUCGAGCUUCCUUUUGGCUGGCAACCUGGCAUCCAAGAGGGCGCAGCUGAUUGGGAUGAAGAUUGGGAUAAGUUUGGAGAUGAAGGAUUCACUUUUGUCAAAGAGCUCACUCUUGAUGUGCAAAAUGCCAUAGCCCCACCAAAACCAAAAUCAACAUCAGUUAGGAAAGAAAAAGUUUCCACAGAUGAAGAACCAACGACAAGUUCACCACCGAAAGCUUCCACAGAUGAAGGUCUAACCACAGAUUCACCACCGAAAGCUUCAACAGAUGAAGGUCUAACCACAGCUUCACCACCUAAUGUUGAUAUAAAGUCAGAGAAGCCUACAAACGUAGGAGAACGGGCCUCUGAGAUUGGAUCAACUUAUGCUCAGAGUGAAGAUGGUUCAGCAAGAAGCCCGCUUGGUAGCCCUGCAGGAAGGAGUGCACUUGAGAGUCAAUCUCAAGAAUUUCCAGAUAUUCAUUCUGGAAGGAACUUUGGGGCAGAUGCUUCACCCCGUGCUAAAGAAUACCAGAGUGAUCAUGGUGGUGGCGAAUCUGUGAUUUCUGGGGACAAAAGUUAUGAUGAACCUAUGUGGGGAACCUUUGACACAAAUGAUGAUGACUCAGUAUGGAACUUUAACAAGGAUCUAGAUCAGGAGAGGCACAAAGAGGACUCUUUCUUUGGUUCCACUGACUUUGGUCUAAAUCCAAUUAGGACGGAGUCCCCACAUGCAGAUAGCAUGUUCCAGAAGAAGAGCCCAUUCAACUUUGGGGAUUCCGUUCCUGGCACCCCACUUUUUAACUCUGUCAAUUCGCCCACAAGGUACAGCGAGUCAGAGCACUCUUUUGACAACAUUUCCAGGUUUGAUUCCUUCAGCAUGCAUGACAGUGGAUUUUUUGCUCCCCGUGAGAGUCUUGCAAGGUUUGACUCCAUCCGCAGCACCACUGACUUCGAGCAUAGAGGGGGGUUCUCAUCUUUUGAUGAGGCUGAUCCUUUUGGUUCAACUGGACCAUUUAAGAUCUCAUCAGAGAGUCAAACUCCAAGAAGGAGUUCUGAUAAUUGGAGUGCAUUCUAGGCCGGGUAGUUUUGAACCCAUAUCUCUUCCCCAUGUAGACCUUUUUGUGAGGUUUUCUUCAAGUAUAGUUGCCCAUUUUUUUCCUCCUUGUGUGCUAUAUAAUAGUGAUGGUGAGUGGAGAGUUGUAUUGUUGUCUGGAGCUUGCCCCUUUCUGUAUCUCUGCAUAUCUCAUUCAUUUUUUUCCUCGUCUUUUAUUCUUCUUGAGGCUUGUAACGAAUUUUUUUUUUCCUUUGUGGUGUCAACUCUUGAAUAAUCUUUAUAUCAUAUAUUCUUCAUUUCUUUUGCUUCCGGAGUUGGGAGUACGA